CUAUACGUGGUGGCCGCAACAACAAGAGCCGCGACCAUCGCAGAUUUGGUAUUCGUCGUCCGUGGGCUGGCGCCUGAAACUUGGCAGGAUAUAGGGAACGCGCAAGGCUGUCUUUACAUGCGCAAUCAUGGGUUUAUGGUAGCAUCAUGAUAUUUUUUGGGAGCUCAAAAAAGUUGGUUUACACACUAAGAAGAAGCCUAUACAAGAAGGAGAGGGGUAGCGUAGAAGAGAUACCAACAAAUUAAAAAAGUGAACUCCAUGAUGGCCUGCCGUCAAUGAAAAUAUCAUCUUGUCGUUUCCUUCUUUCUCCUCUCCCCUUUCUUUCCCCCCUUACCUUUUUUCUCUUCUCUUUCCACUGCAUAAAGCCACUGAUGAAUGGCGGCGUCUCUUUUCUUGUAUCGAGUGCUCACAAAUUACGUAGUUUGUGCCACCAUCCCAAUGCAGCUUGGCGCGAUCUGGUGGAGAUCUGUGGCUAAUAUCGGCAAGUC